AUGCUUCUGAGUUUCUCGAGCUCGAUACGAUGCAAGAUUGCCGAGAGUUCAACGGUGGAAAGCGAGGUGUCGUCGGUGUCGAUAUCAGCAGCGAUGGGGUCAGGCGAGACCAACGAGAUGCGCAAAAAUCGUCAGAAGCCCGAGUCCAAGAUGCGAAUGCGGCGGAAAGGCGAUUCUCAACUUGCGGCUCUCACCGUGUAUGCGAGGCUGGCUGGCGCUCACGUGAUCCGUGCAAGCACGAGUGAGAGUAUGGUUCCUGACAUGCUUGGGCGUUGGAUGGCCGACGUGUUUGUGCAACACGGCGAGCAUUGGAACACGCUGAUCGCGCUCGAGAAACGGCUGUUCCACACGAUCCGCACCAAGCUUGGCUUGCAAGAGCUGGUGGUUAGGAAGCUCGUCCAUGCUUUGUCCAGCUGUGUGCUUGUCUAG